CAAUCGAGUCUGGGAGUCAUCAGUUGCAUUCGAGCAAUCACAACAAGCAGUAACCAGCGAAUCCAAGUAACCAAGAUGCGUCUAGCACUUCUGGCCAUUAUAGGCGUGCUUUGCCUCGCCUACGUCUACGCUCUGGACGAUGCCAAUCCGGAGAACGAGAGGGUGAUCAGCCUCCUGGACGUCGCCGAUCAGGGAGCCAACCAUGCCAACGAUGGAGCCCGUGAAGCCCGCCAGUGGGGAUAUGGUGGAGGACGUGGUGGAUGGGGUGGCGGAUGGGGAGGACGCGGUGGCGGAUGGGGAGGACGAGGUGGCGGAUGGGGAGGACGUGGUGGAUGGGGUGGCGGAUGGGGAGGACGUGGCCACCAUGGAGGUUGGGGCGGUUGGGGUCGGUAGAUUGCCAAACCACGCCCCCUGCCAAACGUCCUCUUGCCCCACGCCCCUUGACUCCCACUGGACUCCCACCCAAGGAUUCAAAGGCGUUAAUAAAGAACAUUAAAGCAAUAAAA